AUGUCGAUGGUGUUGUUUGCCUCCGUGGUUCGCGUUGCGGACGGCCUGCCUCUCUCAGCAUCCACCGACUAUGAACAGGAGAAGGACCUUCAGGAGACAAAGAGGCAUCUUAAAGGUCUCUCCAGGAAACUCAACCAGUUUCCUGACCGCUGCACACUCAAGUCUGGGCCAUACAAUGUGAAUUUCAUAUACUCACUGGGCGUUGGAUACCUGAUGGUCUGCACUGCAAAUUACCCUAAUAUGCUGGCCUUCUGCUUCCUGGAUGAGCUGCAGAAAGAGUUUAUCAUCACUUAUGACAGCAAACGCAUCAGCAGCGCCGUGCGGCCUUACUCCUUCAUUGAAUUUGACACCUUCAUCCAGAGGACCAAGCAGCGCUACAACAGCCCUCGGUCCCUGUCCCCCAAGAUCAACCUGGCUGACAUGCAGACAGAGAUCAAGCUGCGGCCGCCAUAUCAGCUUUCCCCAGAGGACCUGAAGGCUAUCAAUGGAUUCUCAGUGCGCACUGCUUCUAAAUACAAGGGCAUAGCCCCCACACAGAUGCUGCAGCCUGUGACGCUCCCUGGUAUCGUGUCCUGUGUGCUCAGUGUUCUCUGCGGAGGCCUGAACCUGCUGAGAGGAGUCCAUGCGAUCGAGAGCAUAUUACAGAAUGAUGACGAGGACUUUAAUUAUGUGAUUGCCUUCUUCCUCGGCACAGCGGCCUGUCUGUAUCAGUGCUACCUGUUUGCCUACUUCUCCGUCUGGAGGAACAGCAAGUCCUUCUUGGCGUUUGCACUCAUCUGCCUGUCCAACAUGUAUCUGUAUGAGCUGAGGAACAUUUGGCAGAUCCUCUUCCAUGUGGCUGUGGGAGCCUUCAUGACCCUGCAGAUCAGACUGAGGCAACCGCUGGGCAAAGCGCCAGACUACAAUGUCUGACAAAGACCUGUAACAGAAUAGACUCAUCCACCUUUGGUCGUGUGUCCUGGAGACACAGUGGAAACAAAAAAACAAGCCUCCCAGGUCAGGACAGAUGGAGAGACGAGCGUAUAGACGGAUGUGUCUCCAUUUGGGUUUGAAAGGAAAUGUCUGCUUCAGUCUGACUGCUUCAUGGAUUGGAUCGCCUUCCUGAA